CCACUCCUCAAUUACAUUAUCCUAAACUAUUUUAUGCUCGUCGGAUCCAUCCCCACCGUGUGUUAACAGUCGCACUCAAUCAACCAACAGGAUUUCAUUGCGCCGGCCCGCGCUGUAGACAUCGACCUACUCACACGUCUCAUUACUACAAUCCUCGUCACCAACCAAACAAGCCGUUAAUAGGCCUUAAGUGUCCGCUUGACAAAGCAAACCAAGCAGCAUUUCGGACGUACAGUCGACUCGAGUACCUUCAAGAUAUAUGCACAUUGAAUAACCUAUCCGCCUCUAUUGUACCUGCCGCCGCUGUUUCAUCCAGUCCAACAGCACAUAUUAGCAAAAGACACGCCAACCACCUUCCCUCUAAUAUGACUGAACCGAAACGAUCACGCUUACCUUGCGCAGGAAUCCACGGUGUCAGUACCCACGUCGGUAAAGGCAAGCCAGGUAAUCGCAAAUGUACAUGGCAAGUGUGUCCUGACUGCUGCCGUCCUCAGCGUAUCGCCACAGGAACAACAUGUUACACUCAUGAGACUGCCGAGCGCGCGAAGGCCACCGUCGUUCCCAAUACUCAACCUUUUCUCAAAAGUGUCAUAGAAGCAGCAGGAAGCAGCGGCAACCUAGCAUCACCAAUGGAAUCAAACAUGCAAGAAUCCGAGAAUGUUCAAUCUCAGUCGCUACUAGUACCUCCACCUCCGAUGCAUCCUUUGGCUUUGUCACGAUCGACCAUGCGACUUUACCAUCUCAAUCGCUCCAAUGAAGAAGAAGCAAAGCGUGCCGAAGAGGCAGCUGAGGCAAGUUGCGACAAAAACAUAUCAAUUUCGCUAUGGCUCAAAGCGGACAGUGAUCCAAUACCUUUCUUGUUUGCUUCUAAAUCAAUGAAGCACUUUGCGAUAUCGGAAUGCGAACCUUUGAUGCUUUUCAUCAAGGCUAGUGAGCCACAUUGGAAUCAGUGCCUGCGCGUAUACGACGUGAAAGCGGACAGAUGGAAUGUAGCAUUAGUCGGGACAUCCAUCCCCAUGUUGACACCUAUUCGCGAAGCGUUGGUGUGCAUGACGUCAGUGGAGCCGAAGCUGUGCUGUGGGCUGAAGGAAUUGCAAGAAAGGCUCGUUCCCACUUGUAUGUUGCUCAAACACACUUUGGAAUUGCUACGAGCGACACCUGCUAGAACACCUACACCUACCAAACGCGGCCCUUCAGCAAGUAACUUGGCUCGAUCAUCGUCAGUAUCAACAGAAUCGUCUUACAACUGUACUCCACAUUCAUCCACGCCAGAAUUUACACCGGUCCAAUUGGGGAAAAACAAAGACCUCAAAGACAAAAGCAAACGCCACACCGACCGGGUUGACAAGUCACCGCGCAUUUCGCCUCAAUAUUCUUCCAACUCUUCUUCCGGUGACGAACCAAAUCCUUUCGAAGAGCCUCAAGUCGUGAUCCCUCCCAGGGGACCUAGAUUUUCACGUAACAUCUUCAACGAGCCCAAAAGCAAUCCCGAAAUCAAUUCUACCCAACAUGCGAACGACAAUUCAUUGUCUCCAAUUAUUGAUCUGACUGACAAUUUACCUACUGAUAGCUUUCAAAAUGGCAAUUUAGAUGGUAACAGUGAGACUAUCAGCGAUCAAGUAGACAGUGGAUUUUUCCAAGGCUCAACACCUCGUCAACCCCGACCACCGCAACAACCGCUUGAUGACCAACCAGAUAUCGUUGGGGUCAAGAGUAAAAGGAGGACUCGCAAAACAGGUUUAUGGCCACCACCGGAUAUGUCAAUGCAGGUUAUGAUUCAGUGGCAUUUAAAACAUUUGACUACCAAGGGGAAGAGGCAAGUAUGGGAGAGUUUUUUUUCGCCUCCAUAUAUGUGGGAUCGCACUGCGAUGUAUCGAUAUAUACGAUGGAUUACCAUCGUAACUGAGGCGAGAUGGGAGGAAUGGUUUGCAAAGUGCACUCGGGAACAGGUUUCGCCUACGUUUGCAACAGCCAAGUUUUCUUUCAGUGGUGAAUUGGCGGAAGUGUGGUAACUGAUAUAAUUGGAAACAUUCGUUUUAUGAGUUCACGAAAGUGUUUGAUUCCUUAUUCUCUUUUCAAUUUAUUAAACUUUUGUGUUCAAUAAUUGUUCAACUUCUUAUAACAAAUUCCGAUAUUUGGUCACAGCUUAUAUAUAUUGUCAUGUAUUGCAAUAAGUUUUUAACAAGUGUACUAGCCUCAUCGGCGGCGGGCGCCGCGUCAUUGAAUCAUAUGCAAUUGAAUAACCAAUUGGAAACUGUU